UGGGAGGGGCCGAGAGUUGUCCGUUGAGGGUAGGCCUCAGGCCUCGGCGCUGGAGUGUCCGGGUGGCCCCGGUGAAGGGCUCGCGGUCGGUUAUGGCUGAAGUGCAGGCGCCGCUGCCGCCGCCUGUGGAGAAGGAGCGGGAGGAGGAGGCGGUGUCCUGGAGCCCGGAGGUGGAGGUCUGCCUCUUCCACGCGAUGUUGGGCCACAAGCCUGUCGGAGUAAACAGGCACUUCCACAUGAUCUGUAUUCGGGACAAAUUCAGCCAGAAUAUCGGACGCCAAGUCUCCUCAAAAAUCGUUUGGGAGCAUUUAAAUGUCAUGUAUGACAUGCAAGCCCUGGUUCCUUUGUUAUCCAUUGUUUUCCAGCACGAAUCAGAAAUCCUCCCUUUCCCAAAUGGCGAGCGGAAUUUUGUUCUUCCUGAAGACAUUAUUCAUGAAGUAAAAGAAGGCAAGAGUGGACCAGAGGAAGAACUGAAGGAUGAACACAAAGAGGAGUUGCUGGAGCAGCCACUUGCUGACGAGGGUAACAUGAAGAUGAUGGAGAAGCCAGCAGUGAAGGAGAGAACGCUGGUAGCCGGUGAGCUUGGGACUAAGGAGGUAAUCGACAAGCGGAAAAGGAACCGAGCCACUGUGAACCUUCUGAGCGUGAGCAGUAACCCCUCCAGCCCCAGUGGAGCCAAACGCAGGCGUAUUUAAUUGACACCUCUCGACUGGUGUGUAUCAAGGAGCCACUGUUAGUUUUGGACAAAUCAACAUGUUGGUUCACUGGAGUGAGUGAGAGAGGGGUUGAGAGAGACUCCAACUCACCUGAGGUGACUGCAUAAAGAGCACAGACUGAAAUGCCUCAGGAUGCAAAGACUUGUCUUUCAUCAUCCUCUUAGUUUGAUUUGUCAUUCGCAGCAUGUGAUGUUGAACAGGUCGUCUGAAUGACAUUUUAAUCCAGUCUGAUAGCUGCCUUUCCAAGGUCUGCGAUGUUGGACGAGAAAUUAAUCUCUUCUGAACUGUUUCGCAUCUUUCCUGUUUGGAAUUUCCUAAACCGUCUUUGUGACUCUUGUGGGAUGCUAGCUUACGUUUUAAUCUUAUCCUGUUCACUCAUUAUUCCGGGUCAUAUUAUAUUUUUUCAAGUUUGUUCACAUUAAAACCAGAUUGAAAAUA